ACCGGAUGCAAACUACUAAUACAGCGGUAUCAUGGACACAGGAUCUAUGCUAUUCUACAUGUUCCUUACUCCUGAAUCACGGUAACCUUUUACAGCUACAGGUCAUAGUCAAUGGCUUUUAGAAACCUCCCUUGAGAGGUUAAAAGUUUUUGGGUAAUGUUGAGGUUAAAAGUUCCAGAAAAUUUCAUUUUAUUUUGGAAUGUCAUAAUGGAAUCCCAAGAAUCACACAGGGUAAUGUUGAUGUUCCUUACGAAAGUAGGGUGAUUGUUUGUUCCAUAGUAA